AAGGAACCAGCCUUUCUUGAUACAAGUGACACAAGCAGACGGAGCGACACAGACCACAACCUGCCCAGCCCAUGAGAGAAGAAACUGCAGCAUAUUCUCACUAAAAACCUGAAAGAGAGCUACGGGGGUCACAGAGUUCCCAUUUGUCAAAGCCUUGGACAGAGGAGACUGAAGACUGUCUCUUAUUCUCCCAGCAAUGGCAGCAUGGGACCUGUCCGUCACAGUGGAGGACCUAGGCCUUGAUGCCCCACCUGUCACAGUCAGCGUCGCCUCUGACCUCCAUGUCGGUGGGGUCAUCCUAAAGCUGGUGGAAAAGACACAGAUCAAGCGGGAUUGGUCCGACCAUGCUCUGUGGUGGGAGCAGAAGCAGUGCUGGCUGCUGAGGACAGCCUGGACUUUGGAGAAAUAUGGCAUCCAUGCCGAUGCCCGGCUACUCUUCAUGCCCCAACACAAGUCCCUGAAGCUGGGCCUGCCAAAUGGAAAAACCCUGAGAUUGAGAGCCUGCUUCUCCAACCCCGUCUUCCAGACUGUGAUGGGCCUCUGCAGACUGCUCAAUAUCCGUCAUCCUGAGGAACUGUCACUCCUUCGGCCUGUAGAGGAGAAGAAGAAGAAGAAAGACAAAGAUCUGGCUGAGGAAAUCUACGACCUGACUGAGGUGCCCCUCUCCUCGGUAUCACGGCCCAGCCUUUAUAACGGCAUGCCUAUUCAUUUUGCUGGCUCAUCUGAGAUGGAAGCCAUCUACAAGAUGCUAUCAGUCACCCAGGCUCCACCUGCUCCUGAAGCUAUAGCUAAGCAGUACAGGCCAGCCAGCGUGGUGGACAAGGCCCAUAUCCACGGCAGGUGGUUGGACUCCUCCCGAUGUCUCAUGCAGCAGGGCAUCCAAGAAAACGACCGACUGUGGCUUCGCUUCAAAUACUAUAUCUAUUAUGAUAUAGAACCCAAGUACGAUGCUGUGCGUCUGAGCCAGCUGUAUGAGCAGGCACGCUGGGCUAUUCUGCUGGAAGACAUAGACUGCACGGAGGAGGAGAUGAUGCUGUUUGGAGCUCUGCAGUACCACAUCAGUAAAGUGUCUCAGUCAGAGCCUCAGAUACUGAGCUCCAACAGUGCAGCCAUGGAUGACCUGGAUUCGGCCCUGAUGUCCUUGGAGGUCAAGAUGGAGGGAGAUAGCAGCUCUGCGUCUGAAAUGCUGGCAACCAUGACUGCACCCGAACUCAAUGACUAUCUGAAGAUUUUCAGGCCAAAAAGGUUGACUCUGAAGGGAUAUAAGCAGUACUGGUUUAAGUUUCAGGAUACCACCAUCUGCUACUUCAAGAGCAAAGAGGAAAGCAUCGGAGAGCCCAUUCAACAGAUUAACCUCAAAGGAUGUGAGGUGGCUCCAGACGUGAACGUGGCAGCACAGAAGUUCCUAAUUAGACUCCUGAUACCAGCGCCAGAGGGCAUGAACGAAGUCUACCUGCGCUGUGAAAAUGAGCAGCAGUACGCUCAGUGGAUGGCAGCGUGUCGGCUUGGCUCCAAAGGCAAGACUCUGGCUGACAGCAGCUUUCAGAGUGAGAUCCAAAGCAUCCGAUCCUUCCUGGCAAUGCAGAAGACUAGUACUGGUUCCCAUGGCAAUGCAAAUGCAAGUGAUGAAAGCAUCAAUACUCACAGUCUAGUGUCGCCCCGCUACCACAAGAAGUACAAACCCAAACAGCUGACCCCUCGUAUCCUGGACGCGUACCAGAACGUGGCUCAGCUCUCUCUGACAGAUGCAGUGAUGCGCUUCCUGCAGAUCUGGCAAGCUCUGCCUGACUUUGGCCUUUCGUACUUCGUUGUCAGGUUUAAGGGCAGUCGGAAAGACGAGGUUCUGGGCAUUGCUCCCAACCGUCUGAUCCGCAUCGACUUGGGCGUGGGCGACGUGGUGAAGACGUGGCGCUACAACAACAUGAAGCAGUGGAAUGUCAACUGGGACAUCCGACAGAUGGCCAUAGAGUUCGAAGGCAACGUCAACAUUGCUUUCAGCUGCGUAACAGCAGACUGCAAAAUCGUUCACGAGUUCAUCGGAGGUUACAUUUUCAUGUCGACACGCAGUCGUGAGAAGAGCGACACACUCAAUGAGGAGCUUUUCCACAAGCUGACCGGAGGCCAUGAAGCGCUCUAAGACUGCAACACACAAAUCCUUCACAGCCCACAACAAUUUCAGUGUGUCCCAGCCACCAGGAGGAGGAUUUUAUGGUCCAUUCAGUCUGCCAUAAAAACAUCUGAACAGUACAACAAAGGGUCAAAAGAGGAUUCUUUUAAUUUGUCCUAACCCAUCCUGUCAGCCUAGCCAAGUUUUUAUAUAAUCUUUGUUCCACACACACACACACACACACACACAUUGUCAUUGGAUCAGCUAUGUCAGUGAAGUGAUCAUAAAACAUUUUCUGACAGUAUAAGACUCCUGCUCACGCUGAUCCCUUCACUUUGAAAUGAACCACAGUCCUCACAGUAUUCCUUCAUUUAGAAUAGAAAGCCUCAUCUUUCUAAGUCACUUUGUCCAUAGCUGUACUCUUAUCCUCACUUAGAUUUUAGUUUUUCAUUCCUGGCACAUAAUAGCCACCAUAUUAUUAAAGCCAAGAAAAAAAAAAA